AUGGAUCAAGCCGAGACUUCAAGAGCAACGUUUCAGACCCAGAAACCACCAGUUUUCAACGGUGAAGGCUAUCAGAUUUGGUCAGUUAGAAUGAAGGCUUUCUUAGAGGGAACUGAUCUCUGGGAGCCAGUGGAGGAGGAUUACGAGAUUCCUCCCCUAGGCGCGAAUCCAACCGUGACUCAGAUGAGGAAUCACAAGGAGAGAGUUACCAAGAAAGCAAAAGCAAAGUCCUGCAUUUUUUCUGCAGUAACACCAUCAGUCUUGAUCAAGAUUAUGAAGUUGGGAUCUGCAAAACUUAUGUGGGAUUUUCUGAAAAGUGAGUAUGAAGGGAAUGAGAAGAUAAGAAGUAUGAAGGUGCUGAACCUGUUGCGAGAUUUUGAAAGGCAACAGAUGAAAGAGGAAGAAUCUGUGACAGAUUAUGCAGAUCGAUUGGUAACCAUAAUCAACAAUGUUCGAAUCCUUGGAACAGAUGUUGCUGAUGAGAAGAUAGUUCAGAAAUUGUUGGUUUCGGUUCCAGAAAGAUUUGAAGCCACCAUUGCAACCUUAGAGAACACAAAGGAGAUUUCUGCAAUGAAGUUGCCAGAAAUCUUAGGUGCUCUUCAAGCACAGGAGCAGAGGAGGCUGAUGAGGAAGGAGGAGUCGGUCGAAGGGGCAUUGAUGGCUAAGGCGAAGGGAAAGAAGGCUGAGAAAACCAAGAAGAAGAAACAGAAAUCUGAUGCAGAAGGAAAGAAACAGACAAGUGCUAUGUCGGUAGCAAAUGCAAGCCAUAGUUCCACCGAGCCUUGCAAACAUUGCAACAAGACCAAUCAUCCUCAUUGGAGAUGUUGGAGAAAUCCGAAUGUGAAGUGCCGAGCUUGUAAAAAACUUGGACAUAUCGAGAGAUUCUGCAGGAAUAAGGGUCAUCAAAUCGCUGAAGCCAAACCUGUAGAAAUGAUCGAUACAGAAAACUUAUUCGUUGCUACAUGUUAUGCUUCAGGUGCUGAUAAGAGUGGAUGA